AUGGCCGCGGAGCGGGGCUCGCCCUGGCUCCCGGCGCUGCUGCGGCUGCUGCUGCUGGCGGGCGGCGGGCAGCGCCCGGGCACCGCCGAUUACUGCAGCUGGAGGGGCAGCGGUUUGAGCUGGGAGCCCCAUUCCCGCGCAGUGGAGCAGGUCCAUCUGCGCUGCACCGAGGGCUCCCUGGAAUGGAUGUACCCGGCACGAGCCCUGCGCGUCGUUCUGGAGCCUAACCUCUCCAGUGCCCGGCACACCACUGUCUGCAUCAAGCCCGCCAGUGACUUCCAGGGUGCCAGCAUCUACGUGGAACGUGCUGGGCAGCUGCAUCUGGUGGUAAGCGAGACAGAAGGGGCUCGACCCCACCACGUGUCUUGCUUCAGUGCCCACACACCGCAACGAGUGGCCCUCUUCCUGCAGGCCAGCCCGCAGAGGGACAUCAGCUGCCGGACGGCCAGCUUCCAGUACGAGCUGCUGAGCAACCAGAGCGCUGCUGGCCCAGACUUCAAAAAGAUGGCACUGGUCGAAGCUAUGUGCCGUCCUUGUGACAACGUGGAACUUCUUAUGGCCAUUUGCAGCAGUGAUUUUGUGGUGAAAGGAUCUAUCCGAAAUGUUUCCCACGAUUCAGAAAACCACGUGUCACAGGCUGAUGUCAGCGUCCAGAAAGUCUACAGGCAGAAAAACAGAAUUUUCCAGCAGGAUGAAGCAAGCGGUGAAUGGCGAGGUCCUAUACGAACCCUGCUGCAAUGCAAGGUGAAGAAGGGAGGUGGAGAUUUCCUUUUCACUGGAAACGAACAUUUUGGCGAAGCUUGGUUGGGCUGUGCUCCGCGAUUUAAAGAUUUCAUGUUCGUUUACCGUGCUGCCAGAGAAAGAGGAGCCAACCCAUGUGAGUUUCAGCUCAACUGA